AUGGCGGUGUUCGUACGUACUGAAUCACGGCGUCAAACGUGUCAUCCGUCAUCAAUGCUGAUGGAUAUGAGCGAUGAAACAUUGAUUAGCCGAUAUGAUAAUACCUGUGGACUGUCGCUCUUCUCGCAUUCGUCCACAGAUACACCGCCACAGCACUGCCAGCUGGUCAGCUUGGAUGACCCUACGAGCAAUCACUUCAUCGAUGCUGAUGACCAGGUUUUUAAUCGAACAGCUGAAGAGAAGAUACAUUUGCAGAAGCAAAAACCAAAGGAUUUCCUUGGACAGGCGAAAUUUUAUUACGACAAAUAUAAAUUACGACAUAUUGCGCCGUUUGUUUUGUUGACAGUAUAUUCAUUACUGGGCGCUAUAUUAUUCUGUUGGGUGGAACAAGCGCAUGAACAAGAGCUUAUCAGGAAAGAAAAAAUUAUAUUAGAUGAUUUGAGGAAUGAUACAUUUCAACAGUUAAGGCGAGUUUUCCAGAACAAAAAUUCAGAUACGUACACAAAUUUGAUUAAUUCAAAAAAAAUAUUAUUGUGGUAUGAAAGUCAAUUAACAAAACUAAAAAUGCCAGAAGGCUUAGAAUGGGACAUGUGGGGAGCACUCUUCUAUGUUGGUACUAUCUUUACUACUAUCGGCUACGGUAAUAUAGUGCCAAGGACGCCAGGCGGAAAAGCACUAAGUAUUGUAUAUGCAAUUUUUGGUAUACCUCUUGUACUAGCUAUAUUGAGUCAAUUUGGUAAAACUCUCACAACUUUUGUAAGCAAUGUUUGGAUGAGGUAUCGCGAGUGUAUUAAAGGUUACACCAAAGAGCGACGCAUUGCAUUAGCAAAACAGCGACAAAUACUGAAACUUAAAAAAUGGAAGUAUAUGCAAGGAAUGCUAGAUAUGGAAGAAGGAAAUUUAGGACCAAAUCAUCGAUUACUAAAUAAUAAUAAUCCAAUCUCAGAAACAACUGAAAUAAUUGAAGAUGAAAAAGUUGAAAGCAGAACAAUACCAGUUUGGCUUGCACUACUCAUCUGCAUCGCUUGGAUAUGCAUUUGUGCGGGUUUAUUUUGCCUCUGGGAAACGCGCUGGUCCUAUUUCACUUCCCUUUAUUUUUUCUUCAUUUCAUUGUCAACCAUUGGCCUUGGCGAUGUUGUGCCAGAUCAUCCACAUAUGUUAAUAUUAAUGUUUUGGCUGGUCAUCAUUGGUCUUUCCAUUGUUUCGAUGCUUCUCGGUGUAAUACAAAUUAAAUUUGAAGAAUGGCUUUAUCAUUUGAUGAUUCGAAUGCAGAAAGAAUAUCAACGUGCCUUAGCAUGCGGUGAUCCGGUAAAACGGAAUGAAAUACUACAACGUUUAAUGGCAAAAGAACCAUGGUAUAUUCGAAAUAUGGCACCACAUUUGCUUACCGAAAAGCAAACUGCUCAGCUUGAUAAACAGGCUGAAACUUAUGAACGAUCAGUACGAAUGUUAAAUAACAAAAAUAUUCAAACGGAAGAAAAAUUUUUCGACAAAUCUUCAAUGCAUAAUUCAACUGUAAAAUUGCAAGAUAUGGGUACAACUAUGAGUUUUACGGAAGAAAUUUAUUCAGAAGAGAAGGAUGUAAAUGCGCAAUGGAUGAAAGAUACUGAAAAUGCUGGAAUGAAAGACUCUUUAGUAUCUUCGCCGCUUAUCACUGAUAUGCUAACCUCUGCACCAAAUAUCGACGGUGAUUUGAAUUCGAUAUCUGAAGUUACAUCACUUCCAAUGGAUCUUACAAACUCGGAAGGUAUUGAUCGUAGUGUACAAGCACGGGUAUCAUUAGCUGAUCAGGAACAGCAGAUGGAACUUUGUAUUUUGAGCGGUUGCGCUGUACAAACAGAUAUUGCACAAUUUCAAGUAGAUGAAAUUAUGCUUAAAUUGCAUGAUUUGCAGGCUAGAACACGUCCGAAAUUAAUGGAUCGCAGUAUGGAAACGUCAUUGGAUGAAGGAAUUGUUAAUAUGCCAACGAUACGAGAAGAAAAUGUCAGUGACAAUGAGAAUUUAAAACAAUUAAUUAAGAGUAUGGAUCACGAUAAAACACCCAUACGACUUGAUGUUUCAACGGAAACUGAAUCAUUGCAUCCUGAAAUGGUAGAACAAAGUGCUGUAACGGAAGAAGAAAGUAAUCAGGUAUUUCAUCGAUCGAUGGAAACAGAUGCAUGGAUGUCACAGAUACAAACACCAGAAUGUAGUCGAGCUGUGCAGACAGCAUUUGAUGACGAUGAAAAUCGUCAAGUAUCACAGUUAUCAACAAAACGAAAGAAAACUGUGCGAAGUAUUGGUUUUGAGCAUUCAUUUUUGAUUGAAAAUAGUACACAAUGUUCGAUUGAAGCAAAGGAUACCUGUGAUACAUUUGUGCAAACGAUGCUUGACAUGAAUAAUUUCAACUCUGAUAAUUCGAUUGAUAAGGAAUGCAAUGCAUCACUGAGUGCUCGAAUCAGUGAUGCAAAUGAAUGCAUACCAAAAAUAAUAAAACCAAAACGACGGGAUCUCAUAAUUCAAACCGAUGAUUCGUACUUAAAAAUAGCUCGGCGAUUGGAUCAAAUUCGAACUAAUCGAACUGAAAGUUUGCAUAUUUGUAUGGCAAAACCACUGAAAAAACAUGAAAGUGGUAGUAGCUCAAAGCAACGUAUCGAAAAAUCUGAUGAACGACGUACAUAUCAAGAAGAAUCAUCAAAGAAUAGAAGAAAAGAAUUAAAACAAACUAAUGAAGAGCAGAUAUUAUCAUCUAUAAACAGACCAGAAACGAUAAGUGCAAAAGCAUUAAAAGAUCAAAACGAUGGCACUGAUCAUGCUGAUCAAUCGAUGACAUCCAAUUUAUCAACAGCUAAAAAUGAUGUCAGUUAA